GUCUUGGGCUACAAGGCCCUAGUUCGAGAAUUCCGGCCGCUAAGCGUUCUGGAUGCCACCUUGCCUCUGUCCGGCUGCCUCGAUCUGGACUGCAACAGGACCAGCCCCAGCGAUGUGAGCCACAUUGCUCUGGAGAGUUGGAUUGGCGCAUAUGGGGCAGACUACGAGGUCUUUGCCAAGCGGCAUCCGGCCAAGGCGCCUGUGGAUCUCGGAAGCAUGGGAUGGGCCGGCGAGGAAGCCCUCUAUGUGCCGAGGCCGACGCUGACCUCUGCCUAUGAGGAGUCUGGCAUUGCCCUCGAGUUCUACAAGUCCUACAGCCCGUCCCACAACGACGUCAGACGCUUCUUCGACUCUCCGUGGAGCUUACCUGCUGAUGCG